AUGGCCCCCCCGCCGACCCCCAACCCCGCCCCCCCACCCCUCCGCAUCCUCAUGCUCCACGGCUUCACGCAAUCCCCGCCCCUCUUCCACGCCAAGACCCGCGCGCUGGCCAAAUCCCUCGCCCGCCCCUUUCCGAACCUGCACCUCCGCUACGUCCCCGCGCCGCACCGGCUGGCCGGGGCCGACAUACCGGGCCACGACCCCGCCGUGCCCGUCGCCGAGGCGCCGGAGGCGUACGGGUGGUGGAGACGGAAGGAUCACGUGAUGAAAGACGGGCAGGGGAAGGAGGCGGAGACGGGGGUGGUGUACGAGGGGAUCGAGCGGGGGUUGCAGAGCGUGGCGGAUUGUAUACGGGAGGAGGGGCCGUUCGACGGGGUCGUGGGGUUCAGUCAGGGGGCGGCGGCCGCCGCCAUGGUUGCGAGUUUGCUGGAAGGUCGGACGCGGAAGGAGGCGUUUGCGGAGGCGGAGGCUCGAGGGGGGAUGCCGUAUCCGGCGAGUUUCCUCGGAGAGGUUGACGGCUUCGUGCAGGCUCCGCUCAAGUUUGCGGUGUGCUACAGUGGGUUCAGGGCGCCGGGGAAGUUGUAUGAAGCUUUCUAUGAGCCGCGGAUUAGGACGAAGGUGUUGAAUGUGCUGGGGCAGGUGGAUGUGGUGGUUGAUGAGGUCAGGGGAAUGCAGUUGGUGAGUGUUUGCGAGGGCGGAGAGGGAAUGGUGGUGGUGCAUCCUGGAGGUCACUUCGUUCCCAGUCAAAAGCCGUGGUUAGAUGCCGUUGUGGGGUUUGUGAAACAGCGUAUGGAGGGGGAGGGAGAGGGAAAGAAAGAGGAUAAAGAGGAGGAACGGGUCGAGGAUAUGGAUGUCCCCUUUUGA